AUGCCGAUGCAUCAGAGCUUGCAGGCCGUGCUGACGGAUAUGCACGCGGCGCUCGCGGAGGUGUGCGCGAGGUACCAGAACUCUGACAACGCGGAGGCACCUCAGCAGAAGGCCGCCGCCGACCAGAUGAUCCAAUUAUUAUUGGACAAACAAUUGGCUUACCGUUUGAAGGCCGAGCCAGACGAAGUCGGAGUUCACCCUGAUAAUCGGUAUGGGGUUGGAGUGGAGUGGUAUGAGGUCCACACGUUGGCGGGCAUCAUCAUUCGUGGAGGGUGGAGUUGGUCUGAGGUGAAGGACCCCAUCGCGAUUGAGAUCGCGCAAGGUGCGGCUGGCGACGAACAGCUCCGCUUCAACGAGGGGCUCGCCGCCAGCAGCGAGGGCUACUUGGCCAAGGUCUCGGCCGUCGUGAAGAUACUGAGCAUCGCGUGCAGCCACACCAACCAGGUGCUCCGCUGCAUCAAGCACAAGACGAAGUCCCACGAGAUGGAGUUCACCAACGACGACCAGCACCUCAGCCAGGACAAAGUGUUCGAUUGCUGCAGCAGCAUCAGGGCCCCAGUGGCAGAGGGAUUGACUUGGAUUGUGAUCCGCGCCGAAGUAGUGGAGCUUGUACCUGACAUGCCGAGUUUUCUGUCGGAGUCACACAACAUAGGACAUGGCGCCAGUCGUCUUCAAAGCAAGCUGCAGACCUUGCUGCAGGUGCACGCGAAGGGGAAGCGGAACAAGCAGAUCCACGGCGAUCCGAAGUGGAAUUUCGUGACAAGGGACAUUGAGCGCACGAGGCCGUUCUUGCAAGGGCAGGUGCAGUUCAUGACGGAGUACGUCCAGAACUACAGCGGCGGCGACCCGCCCACGUUUUUGACCGAGCUGAAGCACUACGCCAAGACCUUGGACACGGUUCGGGACGUCGGCAGCGUGACGUUCCACGUGCUUGGGGCCGCCAAGCUCACACAGGUUCCCGAGCUCAUCACCAACAUGAUGAAGGCAUCGUUGUGCGCGCCAGAUAGCUUCGUGAGGCCUGACGGUGUUCGCUUGUUUACGAGCGCGGACGUCAUGGCCGUGGAGUCGGGGAAGCUUCGUGAGUCCGCCUUCGAGUCUGUGAACAUGCACCGCCUUGCCGUCCAGUACCUCUCGGACUGCGGCUUAACCAAUGCCCACCUCGCGGCCAAGCUCAUCGGGGACUUCGACGUGAAGAUGACCAUGAAGGUAUUCGGGAAGCAGAAAAAGGGGCGGAAGAUCUACGGCAGCCUCGAGGAGAUCGGGCGGGACUUCGUCAAGGACGUCGUGGCCAAGUGGCCGCAUGCGAGGUCGACCCCAGCACCGUGGGGCGUCGCGGCGGCAGAGGCGCAGGAGGAGCCUACGGCAGCGCCCUCCGACUUCGUCCAGUACGACGUCGGCAACGGCGCCGCGCCCAUCUUGCGCUCGAGCGUCUUGGAGGCCAAGGGUUUCGAGGUCGACGCCGUGGUCAAGUGCGUCCGCGGCCGUCACGAGGGCGAGUGGGUGAUCAAGGAGAUCGGCGAGAAGGUCAAGCUGGCCCCUCGGGGGCCCGUCGCGACAGCUGGCCCCGCCAAGAAGCGCGCGAAGGCCAUGGAGUUCGCCGUCAGCAUCGGCCAGCUCGUCGACGACUUCGAGUUGGUCAAGGCCAUGGACACGACUACCAUCAACGCGAGCGGCGAUGCAGCGCUCGACCUGCUGAACAUGGAGAACGCCCUCGAGAAUAGGCGCGCCUGGUUCAGGGUCGCGCUGAACUGCGCCUACAGGGGGGGGAUCAGCAGCGUCAACGUGGCCAUCGAGUUCAGCAAGAGCUCAAAGGUUUGCAAGGUCCUGACCAAAUACCAGAAGGGCGAGCUUGUCCUCAUCCCGCUUACGCCAUCAAUCUCGAUUGGGCCGAGGCCGACGCCGAACGCGAUCGUGGUGGACGACUCGAUGCCAGACCACAAGAGCAUUAUGUACCUGAUGCCCAAGAUCAUCCUGCCCGACAGCGACGCCUGCAAGGACGGGUGGCCUUUCAUCGUUCCAUUUUGGAACGCCCCGACGUGCGUGGAUACAGCCCUCGUGAACAUGGCGCCAUCUUCUAUCAAGGUGCCUGUCGAAGUGCGCAGCUGCGCCUUGAACUUCGAUAAGUCAGACUGCAAUGCGAUUACGAUCCCCACGCUCGUGAACACGAAGGCGCUGAAGGAGGGCUCCGAGCUGUUCCAGAAGGCGCCUGCGCAGGCCGCCCUCGAGGGGCAGGCGCGCAAGUGA